GACACAUAAGCCAACCCCUGUGUGUAUUUGGACCUAUUAAGUACCACUCUGAUGUGACAUAGCACAAAAACAAAUGAUUGAAAUGCACCAUUCGGAUAGAGCAACACAUCACAGUUAAAUAACUGCUUCAAAGCAGUAACAGCAAUUAUCAGCAAUUUGUUACAGUAUAUGAGCAUAAAUGUACUGUAAGGCCUGAAGUUUGAGGCCUUCAGAAAAGAACUUGAACUUGUGCGAAGUCGACAAAAAGUGAGUCGCUGUAGCUUUAAGAAGCCCCCACCGUCUCACAACAGGGGGGGCGUGAGCUGAAUCCAGGAACAGCGAUUGAAAAAAAAAAAAAAAAAAAAAGCUCCACCAGUGGACUGUUUCAAGUUCCCCCGGCUGAAACCUUGCCUGAUUUGUGGGCAAUGUUGGGGAUGUAGAAAAAAAAGGAAACCGGAGCAAAGAGAGCGCAAGAGAGAGAUAGGGAGACAACAGUAACUGGGUAGCUAUGGAGAUAGUGGGCUUUACUGGUAGCUUUCUCUGACAGGUGUCGAGUGGGAUAAAAUAAAGUAUCAGAACAGCUUCCAAGAUGUACGGCAAGGGUAAAGGAGCUGUGGUCCCCUCCGAUAGCCAAGCAAGAGAGAAGUUAGCAUUAUAUGUCUACGAGUACCUACUACAUGUGGGAGCACAGAAGUCUGCACAGACUUUCCUGUCCGAGAUUCGAUGGGAGAAGAACAUCACAUUAGGGGAGCCCCCUGGAUUCCUCCAUUCGUGGUGGUGUGUAUUCUGGGAUUUGUAUUGUGCAGCUCCAGACCGAAGGGAGACAUGCGAGCACUCCAGUGAGGCCAAGGCCUUCCAUGACUAUAGUGCAGCGGCAGCACCUAGCCCAGUGAUGGGCAACAUGCCCCCCAACGACGCCAUGCCAGGUGGUCCCAUGCCCCCAAACUUCUUCCAGGGACCACCCGGCUCUCAGCAGUCCCCCCACCCCCAGCCCCCCCCACACAACCCCAGCAACCCCAUGAUGGGACCUCAUGGUCAGCCUUUCAUGUCUCCGCGGUAUCCAGGUGGACCGCGUCCCUCACUCCGAAUGCCAAAUCAGCCUCCUGGGGGAAUCCCUGGAUCUCAGCCUCUCCUGCCAAACAGUUUGGAUCCGACAAGACCGCAAGGACAUCCUAACAUGGGUGGACCAAUGAGGAUGAAUCCCCCUCGAGGAAUGGCCAUGGGCCCACAGAAUUAUGGAGGCAUGAGGCCCCCUCCCAACUCCAUGGGUGGCCCAAUGCCGGGGAUGAACAUGGGUCCUGGAGGAAGAGGGCCUUGGCCAGGACCUAAUGCUAACUCUAUAGCCUACUCAUCCUCAUCUCCAGGAAACUAUGUGAUUGCUCCACAGGGCCCCCCAGGCGGAGGAGGUCCGCCAGGAACUCCCAUCAUGCCCAGCCCAGGUGAUUCAACUAACUCCAGUGAAAACAUCUAUACAAUGAUGAAUCCUAUUGGACCGGGAGGCAACAGACCCAAUUUCCCUAUGGGACCUGGGCCUGAUGGGCCAAUGGGAGCUAUGGGAGCCAUGGAGCCACACCACAUGAACGGAUCACUAGGGUCUGGGGAUAUGGAUGGGUUGCCAAAGAGCUCUCCUAGUAACAUGGGGAGCAUGAACAACCCUCCUGGAACACCGAGAGAUGAUGGUGAAAUGGGCGGGAACUUCUUGAACCCAUUCCAAAGCGAAAGUUAUUCACCCAACAUGACGAUGAGUGUGUGAUUUUAUUUUUUUCUUUUUUUGUAAUUUUGUUUAUUUUUACCCCUAUUUUUGUACCGUGCACCUGUUUUUCUUACCCCCUUCAAUUCAAUCCUUAUUUCACCCUGGAUUGGACCACCUCCCCUCUUUACACACACACACCCUCCCCUCCCCACACCAUAUGGGAUCCUCUGUCUCCCCACCUUUCCCCCUUCUCACUCGGGAACUCUACGGCCGCACAGCCUUCCAGGACAGCCCUUGAGCACACUGGGACUCGAAUUAAGAUGGGCCCUCCUGGAGCGUGCAAGAUGGCCACCAGUCUGAAUAGGAAGCAGUCACAGAGCAAUAGAAAGAGCCUCUCUGACUCUGGCCCCGGCCUCCCAGGCUUCCUGUCAGGGUCUAGACAAUGAGCGAGGAAAGGAGGACAAACAGAGGGAGAGAGGAGACUGGGUAACACAGCCCUCCCUUGAAGAUGCACUGUUGGGUUUCUUAGCAGCUGCCUGGAAGCUUCUUAACCACAACCUUUUUUCCAUCAUCAUCAUUAUUUUGUUUCUGUUCCUGAUGAAUUCAGUGGCAGGUCGGAUGAAAUGACCCCUUUACCCCCAUGAUGUUCUCUCUUACCCCUUUUCGACCAAGGCAGUUCUAGGGCUGGUUCAGAGGCAGUGCCUAAUUUUGAACCAGUUCCUUGUGUUUUGACAGCCAGAUAGAUAACUGGCUCUGGCUCAGGAAAACUGGUUCUAACUGGGCACCGAUUCUCUGUUGAUCUAGAAUUAAGAACAUCUUGCAUCAGGAGCUGGGGUGCGGGAUUAUCAUGACCAAAGACCAACUAAAGCUCUGUGACUGCCAUUUUUAGAAAAUCACAACAAGAGAGCGGUGUAGUCUUGCCUCAUUUUUAAUACCAAAAGAAAAACAUGAGCUUCAUUGACAGCAGUGAACUGUAGAGGAGACAAACUGUUGGCUAGCUAAAGGCAGUGUUAGUAUGAAUCAAAAUGUGUUGUGCAAUUACCAUUCUUCUCAAACAUAAUCGCUGUGCAUAGAAAUCACGACAAGCAGCACAAAUGCAUUGGACCAGUUGUAUUUAGAUGCCAGUGUAGGCUCAAAGCCAGGAGCAGCACUACAAAGGAGAAACUGAAGUCUGCUAUUGUUGUUAUUGUGCUUGGCACUAGCAUUGCUGGGAAAGCAGAGGCGUGUUCAGAUGUAUACUGUGACGUAAAUACGUACUUCUGUGAUGGCUCUUUAGCCCCUGGAAAAGCAAACUGGUUCUUAGAAGUUUUGUAAGUUGACCCAGCUCCAAACUGGCUCUGGCACCAGCUCAGAACUAGCACUUAGUUCCUGUUGGUCGAAAAAGGGUAUCCGUGUGUACAUUUUUAACAGAGGUGUUGUUGAUAAGUGAACUUUUUUUUCCAUUUUUUGUGUAUGUAUUGUAUAAUUUCUAUUUUUAUUAUUGUUAUUAAUGAUAUUGCUGUGAUCAUUUUAAGAUUAGGUUCUAAUUUCUGUUUCAAAGGGCACAUAAUUGUGAUGAAGAAUAUCAUAUGUGCACACGAAUCAGAAAUUAUUUGCUGUGUAACAUGUGGCUCAAUGUGAGCACACUGCCCCCUGCAGGUAGGACUGUAUUCACCACGGUACUGAUUCGGCAGAGGUUAGCAGCUUCCUUUUAACAAGAUAUAAAUGUAACUUUUUGCUAAAUAACCCACACCAGAAGAAGAAGCAGUGCCUGAUUUAGUAGCAUGCAUGCAGUGAAAUGCACAGCUCUAUUUAUUUAUGUACUUUUUAUUUGUUUUAUGAGUUAUUGUUACAUUUUUAAAAGUGUUAUCCCUGUUUUUUUUUUUUUUAUAUAAUUGCAGAAGUUGUAGCUGCUGUGUAAUAUACAGAGCCUCUGAGUGAUGUCUUUUUUUUAUUUUUAAAUACCCAUUUGACAUCAUUAUCCCUCUGUCCCAGCCCUAAAGGUGCUGAAAAGUGUCGACCAUUUUGACCCAACUCAUGCUGCUUCCACUGAUGCUGCCCACUUAGGUCACUGCUCGCUCCAACGUGUAUGUAGGCUGUGUGUGUUUAUCCUCUCUGUGUUGACCUGUAGUGAACCUUUUUUUGUUUGCAGAGAAGUCCUCAACACACUGUGAUGUAUGUUUGUACAUUUGCUUUCACACAUCAGUCAGUAUUGGCUCCAGCCCUCCCCCUACAACCCUCUUCAGGAUAAGCGGUAUAGAUAACGGAUGGAUGGACAUCUGUCAGUUUAUCUUGCAGAAAAUUGGUUCUUAUACAUGUGGUGCUCCCUCUUUACAGUCGGUUCUGGUGAAUGGACUUCUGGUUUUCUGUUGAUCUGAUUCUUGGUGUUAUGUUGAUGAAAAGCAGGUCAGGAAGCAAAAAAGGCAUUGCUCUGUUGAUCGUAAGGAGCAGCCCUCCCUCCCUUUUACUCAUCUCAACACUUCCGUCCUUUUCUCUUUCCUGACCUUUACAACAGGCCACUACGGAUACACUCAGCCACACACCACCCUUCUCUGAUUUUUUUUUUUUUUUUUGUACAACUCUCCAUCUUUUAGUUUUAGUUUUUCUGUAAAUACUGUAAAAUGCAUUUUGAUAUCAUUGACAUGUUUUGAUAUUUCCAAUCACAACUUAACAGUUGGUCAGAAAUGUGCUGGUUCAGGCAUCUUUGUGUAUUUGUUCAGAGAUGGUGUGUCUGAACUCAGAAAUAAUAUGAAUGACAAGAAACUGGAGCUGCUAUAGACUAUUAUGCUAUUUCACCUCAUCACAGACAAAACGUGGGACUUUACUGUGCACCAGAGCUGUAGCAUCAAGGGGUCGAAGAUAACGAGGGCGGACGAGUUUAUAACUGUGUGUGAACUCCUUUAGCUAAUUCACUGUCACACACAUUUCCUAGCAAUCUCAUGAAACUAAACAUGGCUGUUGUAAAAACGCGUCCCUCCUCUCGUUCUGUUCUUGGAAGUUUAGUUUGAGGUGGGGGAAAAAAAAGCCACAAAUAUGCAGAAUUUUUUUUUUUUUUUUUUUUGCCAUUUUUGACAAGAGAUUUGCAAGAACUGAGCGACAGAGGCCAAUCUUUCAUAAUAUUUUCAGAAUAAAACUUGUCCCUUCUGUGUCUGCCUUCGAGACACUGCAUUUUAGCUUUUAUCCUCUUGACACGAAUGAAACUGAAAGCAGAGCACACACUGGCUCUCAAUCCAACACACCAGGGACCAGAAUACAGACUUUACUAUGAAGGAUUUUUUUAAAAAUCUAUUUAAAAUGGUGUGGGAGAAAGUAAAGGCAAAAAAUAAUAAUGGACAGACUUGUUGCUAAAAAGUGGGAGAGAGCCUUUUCUCCCCUGGAGUUUGAAAUACUGUUGUACAAAAUGCAGCCGAACUUCUCUAUCUUUGUCCUGUAAGUAAAGCCGUCACAACAUUGUUCAUUUCUGUAUUUCUAUUGUGUUUAGAUAUAAUACUGUACCAUUCAGGGGUAGGGCGAGUUAAGAGGAAUUUUUUUGGGUUGGUAGUAAAGAUUUUUCUGUUCAGUUCCUUAUUUUUUUCCUCUUGAUGACAAAGCAGUAUUGAAUAUGAGGCAGUCGGUCCUUGCGGGAGUUGCUUUGUAUCUCAUGUUAGGGUAGUUUCAGAUCCUAAAUGUCUCGUGUAGUAAAAAUAAGAGGUUCCUUCUUCGUAUGUUUCUUUAUAUUGUAAAGUUUCUUUAGACAAAAAAAUGUUGCUUAUUGGAAAAAAGGUGGGAAAACUGCAUUGAUAAUGUUUUUGUUUUGUUUGUUUUAAUUUUCAUCAAGUUGUCAAUCGUUUUUGCCUGUGUCCCCCUUGUUGUAGAUACAUAUUAAAAACAAAAUAACUUCACUCCUUUUGCCAUGAACAUGCACUUCUUUCUCUGGAUUUACACGGCUGUGAUUUGCAUCCACAAUGUGUUUGGAUUUUCCAGCUUUUCUUUGGCUUUACAAAUGUUUUUUUUUUUUUUUGUGAUGAGGAUAAAUAAAGCAGAUUCCUCAUGUUAUUUCACAGACGAAAAUGAGUCCUUGUCCAAAACGCUGUGUAUAUAUUUUGGAAUACUGCUUCCCCGAAUUUCAUUUUGU